GUUGGCUGUGACAUCAAUAUCACUUAUCAGCGGGAUGACUAUGACUUUUGUAUUACUCGUAGCAUGGAUUAUACGUAAUUUGGAACAACUCUGUUAAAACUAGAUAAAGCAUAGUUUUAUCUUGUUUUUACAGCAAUAGAAAAUUAUUAUCUUUAUUACUAUUUUACCGCGGUGUCUGACGAAGUAGUAGUAAAGUUUCUAAGCUGUGUUUUUAAUUCUUACCUGUGCUUCUACUUUAGCUUUUUCUAAGUAAUAAGAUAAAUAAUAAUUUAAGUAAAGUAAAGCAAACCAUUAAACACAAAUACAAUAUAAUGAAAUUAAAGUUGUACUAUGAUCUUAUGUCACAACCAUCAAGGGCUUUGUAUAUUUUAUUAAAAACAUCGGAGUGUAAUUUUGAACCAAAAUGUUUAGAUCUGCGACAAGGCGAGCACUUCACAGAUGAAUAUCAAGCUAUAAAUCGAUUCCAAAAAGUUCCUGUUAUUGAUCAUAAUGGCUUUGUACUAACAGAAAGUGUGGCAAUAAUACGGUACCUAGCAAAUGAAAAUGUUAUACCAAGAAUAUUAUAUCCUCAAGAUAACAAAGAGCAAGCAAGAGUUGAUGAAUACUUAGAAUGGCAUCAAAUUGGAUUAAGAUUACAUUGUGCCAUGUUUUUCAGGGUUAAGUACUUAAACCCAAUAUUCUCAGGCAAACAGCCAGAGUCCAAACAAGUUAAGAGCUAUGAAGAGAGAAUGCUGAAUGCUCUUGAAGAGUUUGAUACUCUAUGGCUAGGACGGAAUCAGUUUGUAACAGGAGACAAUAUAACUGUUGCAGAUCUUUUUGCAGCAGUUGAAUUAGAGCAACCAAGAAUGGCGGGUUUUGAACCAGCUGCUCACUACCCCAACAUAGCAAAAUGGUGGCCAAAAGUUAAACAGUAUUAUAAUCCAUAUUAUGAUGAAGCACAUGUUAUUUUAAAUAAAAUUGUGCAGAAAAAUAUGUCUAAAUUGUAAUAAGUAUAAACUAAUUUUUAAAUUCCAUUAGGUAUGUAAGAAA